UUCUCCCUCCCAUUCCCCCUGUACUACAGCAGUGUUCAUCUCCAGCCCCUGAACGUGUGUGUGGCUGCCUCUCUCAAAUAGUCCUCCCUGACAUUCCACAGCAGAUGAGGAUUUGACUGCUUGGAUACAUACACGGAGAAAGUUUUGGGAAUAUCCAGUGGAUCUGAGCUAUUUCUACAACAUUUUUCAACAUAUUUUCCCCUCUUCGACUUGGGAUCAAACAUUCAAUACUUUUUGUUUCAGCCACUUUGCUGAAACAUCACAAAGACUCUAGCUAUUGAAACAUCCAUAACUGUUUUCCUAUUGGGAUUUAGGACAUUUAUCAGCUACUAGACAGGAUACACUAGAACAUUAAACAAAAGGGCUGCAAAAGACCUGUCACCUCCACUAUGGACGGCCUCCUACGACUCAGUGCAAACAGUCUACAAGUCCCAGGUGAAGACAGAUCCGUCUCCACAUCUCCAUCUGGUUCACCCUCUCCUUCCAGAAAUGAGUGCAGUAUCACCCCUCUCACUCCCUCCCCUUCUCCAAGGACUGAGCUAAGACCUCGUGUGGCUCAUCCAUUCUCCGUGGUGGUUGCUAUAGAUUUUGGCACCACCUCCAGUGGCUAUGCCUUCAGUUUCACUGAAGAUCCUGAAACCAUUCACAUGAUGAGACGAUGGGAGGGUGGGGACCCUGGUAUAGCCAAUCAGAAGAGUCCAACCUGUCUGCUGCUGACCCCUGACCUGCGGUUCCACAGUUUUGGCUUUGCAGCUCGAGACAGCUACCAUGACCUUGACCCCGAUGAAGCCAGGCAUUGGCUUUACUUUGACAAAUUCAAAAUGAAAAUCCACAGCACCAGUGAUCUCAGUAUGGAGACAGAGCUGGAGUCUGUGAGUGGGAGAAGAAUUCGAGCCAUUGAGGUGUUUGCUCAUGCCCUGAGGUUCUUCAGAGAACAUGCUUUAAAGGAGGUGAAGGAUCAGUCCUCCUCAGUACUGGAGAGUAAUGAAGUCCGAUGGGUCAUCACUGUUCCUGCGGUGUGGAGGCAGCCAGCCAAGCAGUUCAUGCGAGAAGCUGCAUAUUUGGCUGGUCUGGUCACUCCAGAUUGUCCUGAAGAGCUCCUUAUAGCUCUUGAACCAGAGGCUGCCUCCAUCUACUGCAGGAAGCUUCGUUUACACCAGGUCAUUGACCUCAGCCAAAGACCAAUGACCAAUGGCCUAGAUAUGGAUGGGUCCCGCCCCUUCGAUUCAAGUUUCAGGCAAGCCCGCGAGCAGCUCCGCAGAGCCAGGCAUAGCAGAACCUUUCUGGUAGAAAGUGGUACUGGAGAAUUGUGGUCUGAGAUGCAGACAGGUGAUCGGUACAUCGUGGCAGACUGUGGUGGCGGGACGGUGGAUCUGACUGUGCAUCAGAUUGAGCAGCCACAGGGCACUCUGAAGGAGCUUUACAAAGCCUCAGGAGGUCCUUAUGGAGCAGUUGGUGUGGAUCUUGCCUUUGAGGCUUUGUUGUGCCAGAUCUUUGGAGCUGAGUUCAUUGAGACUUUUAAAGCAAAACGUCCAGCAGCUUGGGUGGACCUCACCAUUGCAUUUGAAGCCCGCAAACGCACAGCGGCUCCUGGUCGGGCCAACUCCUUAAACAUCUCAUUGCCCUUCUCCUUCAUUGACUUCUUUAAGAGACACAGAGGGCAGAGUGUGGAGACCGCCUUGCGCAAGAGCAACAUGAACUUUAUAAAAUGGUCAUCUCAAGGAAUGCUGAGACUCUCGACAGAAGCCAUGAAUGAGCUCUUUCAGCCCACCAUCAACAAUGUCAUCAAACAUAUUGAGGACCUGAUGAAGAAGGAAGAAGUAAAGGGUGUGCGUUUCCUCUUCUUGGUUGGUGGAUUUGCAGAGUCGCCCAUGCUUCAGCGAGCUGCCCAGAAUGUGCUAGGGCAGAACUGCCGGAUCAUAAUUCCACAGGACGUAGGUCUUACCAUCCUGAAGGGUGCAGUCUUGUUUGGUCUUGACCCCACUGUAGUCCGUGUACGACGUUGUCCUUUAACGUACGGUGUUGGGGUUUUGAACCGGUUUGUGGAAGGACGACACCCUCGUGAUAAGCUGCUCAUCAAAGAUGGGCGAGAAUGGUGUACCGAUAUCCUUGACCGUUUUGUAAGCGUUGAUCAGUCGGUGGCUUUGGGUGAGGUGGUAAGAAGAAGCUACACACCAGCAAGAGUGGGACAAAGGAAGAUUAUCAUCAACAUCUACUGCAGCGACACCGAUGACAUCACCUACAUUACCGACCCUGGGGUGAGGAAGAGUGGUGCCAUCACUUUAGAUCUGCUUGAGUCAGGGGCAGCAGCAGCUAGUGCUGGUGAUAAUAGUAAAGGCUCAGCAUUUGAACGCAGAGAGAUUCGCACUGCCAUGCAGUUUGGAGAUACUGAGAUCAAAGUAACAGCUGUUGAUGUGGCGACUGGCCAACAGGUGCAGGUAUCAAUUGACUUCCUGUCCAAUUGAACCUGUUGUGCUGUUUCUGGAGAAAACUCUGUGUAAUGGGAUAUUUAAUGCCAACCAGUCUCGUCAAUGGAUGGCUUAAUUGUAAUAACCCAAGGAUUGCAUAUGUAAAAAACUGGAGGACUGAUUCAUAAACUGGAAAAUUACUGUGCUAGGCAUCAGCUUACUCCAUGAGAACUGUGUCUAUAUUAAGUGUACAGUGGGUUGCUUUGGAUAAGAAAGAGUAUAAAUUACUAGUAAUGAAAAUCCCAACUAUGACAUACAUUCAUACAUGCGCAUAUUACCUGUAGAAAAAACCCUGAGGAAAUAUUCAGUUAAUUUUAGCCAACGGUAUAUGUUCUGCUUCUGUGGCAUUCUAUCAGUUACCAUAGAAAUUCAAUUUAUUUGGAUUUUGUCACUCAGUAUGUAUUAUUCCUGAUGUAACUUUUUCUGUUAACACACUUUCUUUUAUCCCAGCUUAAUAUGCAGUGACAACUACAAGCCAUUCAUAGGUAAAUUUUCUUGAAAACUGGACACACUGUGUCUCUGUGGCACUAUAAAUAUUCCUGCAUUUGUUUUAAACAACCCGUUUAGACCCACCCCAACAAAUUGAAUAAUGGUGUAUGGGGUUAUUUGGGGGCAGGGCUAUUUGUUUGUUCGUUCGCUCAACAGGAGAUGAGGGGCGUAUUCUGAAAGCUGUUUUGAAAACAUUGUUUAUUUGUGAAAUUCCAAUCAGUGCCAAUUGUCAAAGAAAUUACACACCGUCAAUAAUAAUGGGAGGUUAGCAGUCAAGCAACCACACAAAAAAUAUUACAAAUAAUUUAAAGAUGCAAGUACACGGAAGCGUAAUUGAACACUUAUAAGUGUUUGCACUGGUGUGAUUGAACCGCCUACUCAUCUUGCAAUGUUAUAAGUCUAAUCUUUCACCUCAUGUCAUGAUUACUUUAGGUAUUUGACUGAGGAUACCAGGAAAAGAAAACAAUUCGUUUUGAGUUUAUUUCUGGUUUUAAAAUCUCAGGUCAGCUUGCCUGCUAAUCUGCCAUUUUAAGUGGAUUUAUUGUAUGCUUUUCCCAUUUGUUUAUACACAGCGAGUUUUAAUUACGAUCAUUGGCGAUCCAAACAAGCAGCAAUAGACAUUAGGUUGACAUAACCCAGAAUAUUCCUUUUUAAGUUUCCAGACAAUAGGUAUGUACAUUGAUUUAUCAAAUACAGCCACUUUUAUUUUUGUAUACAUAAUCUUAUUACUAAGCAUAAAUCAUUUAAAAACUUUUUUUUUUUUUUUUUUAAUUAUGGUUAUGCCACCUCUUAAGAUAAAGAGGUAAACAAUUGAAAUGCAUGUUAUGAGGCCAUUUUUUCAUUUCAUACAAAGGUACAUGACAAGUGGUUACAUUCUACUUGUAAACAUGUCUACCUGUUUUUAGUUUUAAUUUUGUCCCUAUUAUAAAUGUGUUCGAGUCUUAUAGGCUUGCUUGUUGGUUUUCUGAUCCUCCAGUUUAUUUAAAAUAGCUAGAAUUUAUGAAAAACUACCUCUAAAGAAACAUAUUUAAAUUAUUCUGGUCUAAACAUUUCAGUCCAUCCAUGGGGUUCUUUUUAGCCUUUUAUCCAUUUUAGAUAUCGCUAUUGUUAGCUUUUCACCUAUCCAGGAGGUAAGAAAGCCAAAGAAAUUACUUAAAGGAUUUUCAAGUAUACGGAAUAUCAUUCUAACAUUUGGGAAGCAAGCUAGGGGUAAAUGACAUGAUAAUCUUGGAAUUAUAGUAAUCUUGGAACUAUCACUAUUUUGAAGGACUUUAGUUCUAAAGUAUAUCAUUUCUAU